GAGGGGUAGCAUGUAUCAUCGAUUACACCGAUGCUCACACACUUACUAUAUAUACAUAUAUUAAACCUAAUAUUUCUCCACUCUUCUAUUCUCUCUAGAAUUCUCUUCUUCGUUCAAGCAAUAACCAUGUCUUGCUACAAGGGAAAAUACACUGAUGAGCUGAUCGCAAAUGCUGCAUACAUAGCCACCCCUGGUAAGGGUAUCCUUGCUGCUGAUGAGUCUACUGGAACAAUUGGCAAGCGUCUAUCUAGCAUUAAUGUUGAGAAUGUUGAGUCAAACAGGAGGGCUCUCCGGGAGUUGCUCUUCUGCACACCUGGUGCUCUUCAAUACCUUAGUGGAAUUAUCUUGUUCGAGGAAACCCUUUAUCAGAAGACUGCAUCUGGAAAGCCUUUUGUUGAUGUCAUGAAGGAAGGCGGAGUCCUCCCUGGAAUUAAAGUCGACAAGGGUACUGUUGAGCUUCCUGGAACCAAUGGUGAGACGACUACCCAGGGUCUUGAUGGCCUUGCUGAACGCUGUCAAAAGUACUAUGCUGCUGGUGCUAGGUUCGCCAAAUGGCGUGCAGUGCUCAAGAUUGGUGCCAACGAGCCUUCUCAGCUUGCUAUCAAUGACAACGCCAAUGGCCUUGCCAGAUAUGCCAUCAUAUGCCAGCAGAAUGGUCUUGUCCCCAUUGUGGAACCUGAGAUCCUUGUUGAUGGAUCCCAUGACAUUAACAAGUGUGCUGAUGUCACAGAGCGUGUUCUUGCUGCUUGCUACAAGGCUCUCAAUGACCACCACGUUCUCCUCGAGGGUACAUUGUUGAAGCCCAACAUGGUCACUCCCGGAUCUGAUGCCCCUAAAGUUGCACCAGAGGUGAUUGCAGAGUACACCGUACGUGCCUUGCAGAGAACAAUGCCAGCUGCUGUCCCCGCUGUGGUUUUCUUGUCUGGUGGUCAGAGUGAGGAAGAGGCCACCCGCAACCUCAAUGCCAUGAACAAGCUGCAAACAAAGAGGCCAUGGACUCUUUCGUUCUCCUUCGGACGUGCUCUUCAGCAGAGCACUCUCAAGGCCUGGUCAGGAAAAGAGGAGAAUGUCGAGAAGGCCCGUGCUGCAUUCCUCACAAGGUGCAAGGCCAACUCUGAGGCUACUCUUGGAAAGUAUGCCGGUAGUUCCAACUUGACUGAGGGUGCUUCCGAGAGCCUUCACGUCAAGGACUACAAGUAUUAGGACAAUAUUCGGUUGCUGCCUCUGUUUGGUUUCUGUUUUGAUGACGAGGUUUUGCAGGAUGGUUUACUAGAAGGGUCUUUUACUAGUCAUAGUGUGAUAGGCUUUUGAAGUUUGUCACGAGAUCUGUUGAAUAAAACCUGAAGAGACAUCAGUUUUGUUACGUUGUAGGGGUCUUUUUUAUCAUGUUAAUCUAGAUUAUGUUAUCGGAUGUAUGCCCUGUCGAUGGGGUUUAAUAUAUUGAGCUUCGGUUUUGCA